UUGACUAUGGAUUGAGCCGCGGAGUAUUGCCCAGAUUAAUUUCUGGUGCCACUCACGGUAAAUCUCCAUAAUAAUUUUAGGGGUUCAUGGUUGUAAAAUACAUAUUUAUUUAUAGGUGCCACUUGUGGGAUUUACUCAAAGAAAUCCUUUGACUAUGGAUUGAGCCGCGGAGUAUUGCCCAGAUUAAUUUCUGGUGCCACUCACGGACCAUCGGUGGGAGGCGCUGUAUUUAAUUGUUGGAGUCAAUGAUCUUGAGGUCCAACCGUGACAACAUCUACAUACCUGCAGCAGCCGUCCUACUGACUUGUACAUUAAUAGCCGACAAAUUGAACUGUGUCAUCUUGGAAGAGUGUGUCAACAGAAUUCUAUCCAACCGCCAGUCGGUGACAUUGCCAGAAUUAAAACUGCAUUGGGCCACUCGCAGGAACCUCCUUAUUCAUGGACCAUCGGUGGGAGGCGCUGUAUUUAAUUGUUGGAGUCAAUGAUCUUGAGGUCCAACCGUGACAACAUCUACAUACCUGCAGCAGCCGUCCUACUGACUUGUACAUUAAUAGCCGACAAAUUGAACUGUGUCAUCUUGGAAGAGUGUGUCAACAGAAUUCUAUCCAACCGCCAGUCGGUGACAUUGCCAGAAUUAAAACUGCAUUGGGCCACUCGCAGGAACCUCCUUAUUUAUGGACCAUCGGUGGGAGGCGCUGUAUUUAAUUGUUGGAGUCAAUGAUCUUGAGGUCCAACCGUGACAACAUCUACAUACCUGCAGCAGCCGUCCUACUGACUUGUACAUUAAUAGCCGACAAAUUGAACUGUGUCAUCUUGGAAGAGUGUGUCAACAGAAUUCUAUCCAACCGCCAGUCGGUGACAUUGCCAGAAUUAAAACUGCAUUGGGCCACUCGCAGGAACCUCCUUAUUUAUGGUCGAGGACCUCAACAAUAUGGCGAACUGAGGCAAAGACGAUGUUGGGGCAGAAAAGGUAUCCCAAGACACCCAGAUUGUGUCCCCUGUAAGUGUGAUCUGGUUGGCUCAAGAGGUUCCUCAUGUGACCAGGAAACAGGCCAGUGUGACUGUUUCUCCAACUUCCUCAUGACAUUGUGUGAACGCUGCAGUGAGGGCCUGUAUAACUUCCCCAACUGUGAAGAGUGUGGCUGUUCACCAGCGGGAACUAAAGCAGGCAUGAAUCAGUGUAAUAUGGGUACUGGCCAGUGCGUGUCACAGGCCAUGUAUGUGAAAAGUGGCGUGAAGAAUACCACAGCCAAGACAGAGAAAAUCCCUUUGGAUGCCAGGGCCAAUCUCAUGGAAUCACUUUAUGAGCCAAGGAAAGAAGUAGGAUGUGGGGAUACAGCAAUGCCUGUUGAUUUCCAGCUCAGUGUAGAAAGCAGCAAGAAGCUGGCUGAAAACUGUAACAAAAGCAGGGAAAUUGAGCAAAGGACAAGAUCACAAGCAGGCUCAAGCGAAUGGUUCGAUGAAAGACGCCCUAGAUUGACAGAUGUUAAAAUACCCGCCAAAUGCCCCCGCACUGCUAUAUUUUGCGCCAAGACAAAACCACCGCAUUCACACGGCACUGCAGGGACACCUGAAUGGACUGAGGCUAACACAACAGAGGUAAAUCUUUCCAAGAACCCACCAACUCAUCAUGAAGAUCAACUACAAGGAAUAUCUCCAGAGGAAAAUGAAGAAACCAAUACACCUCAGUCAUCAUUGAAAGCAAUGACUAUGAAUCUGAUGUGCCACUAAGCUCCAGUUUGCUGCGGCUUUUCACCCAUGGCAGUCCUGCAAUCUAGAUCUAGAGUUGCAGCUCUGAAUCUAAUAUUUCAGAAUGAAGAUGAUCUCUUUCUUGGGUGGAUGGAUUCAGAGAUGACUCCAGAGAUGACUCCAGAGAUGCGGCCAUGACUGUGGCACAUGCUACAUUGGAACAUAAAAAGAAGUUUGUUAGUAUCCAUGAAGAGAUGACGAAAUCUAGGUCAGGAGGCGACGACGAGUAUGACUGGGCUGGAUCAUACCAUCUUGCUCCCCUGUAUCUGGCCAACAGCAGCCAUGGCGAGGAUGUGUCACAAUACUUCUCUAAAUCUGGAACCAUGAACUCAGUAAGAAGUUUGUAUGCUUGUCUUUUUUUAUAAAAGGUCAUUGUUUUUUUGCAAGCCCUUACCUAGUUUGCACCAUCAUAGUGUAUUUCAUUUCACCUUUUUUCACUAAAAAUUAUAUUAAAACUUGGUACCAGAAUCAAUUCACAUAUUAACUGCCAAGCCCUUUUCCCUGACUUCUAUGAUUGUGACUAAAUUAAAUCAUAUGUGAGCAUUGGUUAUUCUCCAAUUAAAUAAUAGCAAUUAUGUUUGCAUAAAUAUAAUUCAAAUUAUUUGCUAAGAAAUAGUUUUACUUAGCUACAUGAUGCCGUUUCUAAGGCAUUCGGAUACAUUUGCAUGUCACCGUUAUCAAGGUCACGUGAUUUUAUUCAUCACGUGACGAGAUCUCGCGAUAGUUCUUUCUCUUUGGCGAUACUGUAGCGGCCGCUACAAUUCAAAAACUCUCCCGCCCACCACAUCCCAUCAAACGUUAAUAUAUGUGCUAUGUUAUACUCGAACGAUACCAUUAAAUGCCUCGAUACUGCCGUUAUAGUUUAUCGUUUCAGUUGGAACCUCAUGGGGAUAGUCCACCUGUCAUUGUACACCACAAUCAACAAAAAACCUGGAUGGCUGCAUGUGUCUAGUACAAGUCGCCCUACCGCAAGUGUUGGCCCAAGACGUUAGCUUUGGAAGGAAUGCUAAAUACGCAAAAGGGACUCGCCAUCAUUCGUUACAAUAGCUAAGAACUUGUCCAUGCAGAAGUACCGUCGCAAGUACAGGGUGUGCACUGACAGUGUGUGUGCGAAUCAUUCGAUAGUCUUAAAUGUAUUUCAAAUGGGUGUCUAUAAAACUGAUUAUAUUGCAAUUUGACUCAAAAAGUCUGUCGCAAGUGGCGUAAAAUUCUGUCGGUUGGUUGACCGUUGGCACAUAAAUAUUAAUAAGUUUAAUAUAAUAAAUCAUUUAUUGACUAUAAAAUAAUGACUACUGGAUUUUUGACCUCUACCAGCGUUUAGCGUGGCUCCGGUCUCAUGUCCUUUACAAUGGUUUAGAGGUUACAGUCCACCAAUUUUUAAAUAUAGUUAGGAAACAUGUUGUACAAGUUAGUUUAGUCUUGCAUGGCCGUCGGGAAGGUCAUUCCUGAUAUUGUACCAUGUGUCAAGGCUAACGUUGUUUUGUCAGAGCCAGUGCCGGCUCCCGAGCUAGUGCCAGCUCGCAUUAAUAUUAGUUUGAGCUAGUGCCAGCUCGUGUACAACUGUUAGGUUUAACAUCUGUGAACAGUUUUUCUUAUUUUACAUUUACAAGCAUUUAGGAUGCUUCAACCAGCGGUCUUACGACCGACGGGAUUUUACGUCACGCUGCGGCCAAAACUUGCCACUACUUAGGUUUUUGAUAAAUAUGGUUCAUGCAUAUGUAUAUAUGUAUAUGUCUAAAGGUUUCCAUCAAUAAAAGUAA